GCGCGCUCCCGUUGCUGUGUGGAGGACGCUGCGGCUAAUAAAGCUACACUACAGCAGCACGCUAGCUACACUUUAGCUCGGCUAGCAUCAGGCGAGCAGGCCCGCUUCUCCUCAGAGUGUAUCGUCGUUCAUUUUGUUCCGACGGACCUCCGACCGGCUGGGAUUAGACAACGUGCCGGAGCAUAUGUAUGUGAAGGGGGAAAGACUAGCGCAAGAUGGUUCGGGAAACCAGACACCUUUGGGUGGGGAAUUUACCCGAACACGUCCGAGAGGAUAAAAUUGUGGAGCAUUUUAAACGGUAUGGACGUGUGGAAAGCGUUAAAGUCCUGCGGAAACGGGGGUCCGAGGGUGGCGUGGCAGCCUUUGUGGAUUUUGUAGAUAUCAAAAGUGCUCAGAAGGCUCACAAUGCCGUCAAUAAGAUGGGUGACCGGGACCUUCGGACUGACUACAAUGAACCCGGGUCGGUCCCAAGUGCUGUUCGGGCACUUGACGACAGCUCCCCCUCGAGCAGUCGAGAAGUUGCAGGAUUCUCUCGGGGAACGGUUGGAACUGUGUUUGGCCCACCUGUGUCCCUUCACACCAGAGAGGGACGUUAUGAACGGAGAAUAGAUGGUAGCUCAGAAAGCCGUGAGCGCGCAUACGACCACAGCCCAUUUGGACAUCAUGAGCGCAGUGGCACUUUCGACAGGCAACGCCACUACAACGCGGACUAUUACAGGGAGCGCUCUUUGUUUACUGCUGCCGGUCCAGGGACCAGUGCCAUUGCGGGAAGCUUUGAGGCGGCGGACCCCCAUUUUGACUCUAGAAUUCGAGACCCCUUCUCUCUCGCGAGUGCUACACGCCGAGACAUCUACAGAGAUGACAGAGGACGGCGUGUUGACAGGACGUACCAUCAUCGCCGGAGCCGAUCAUCCCAUUCCUCUCAGUCACGACACCCUUCUCCCCAACGGUCAGCAGGACAGACUUCUAAAAAUGCUCAUUCCCCCAAAAGAACUCUUUUGUCCCCUGGGGGAGGCCCACGAUCUCAAUCCCGAAGCAGGUCGUCAAGCUCUGAUUCCGUGAGCAGUGCUAGCAGUACAGGCAGCGGCAGUGAUUCCAACAGCAGUUCCAGUGAUGGGUCGCGAGCACGUUCUGUUCAGUCGUCAGCUGCGCAUGCACCACCUCAGUCUUCAAUGGUGCUUGACUCAGAUGAACCACGUAGAAGCUUCGGGAUUAAAGUGCAAAAUUUACCAGUGCGGUCGACAGACACAAGCUUAAAAGAUGGACUCUUCCAUGAAUUUAAGAAACAUGGGAAAGUGACCUCAGUCCAGAUCCAUGGAGCGUCAGAAGACCGCUAUGGUUUAGUGUUCUUCAGACAACAAGAGGAUCAAGAGAAAGCUCUUACCGUCUCUAAAGGAAAACUGUUCUUUGGCAUGAUGAUUGAAGUCACAGCGUGGAAUGGUCCUGAAACGGAGAGUGAAAACGAGUUCAGGCCCUUGGAUGGCAGAAUAGAUGAAUUCCACCCAAAAGCCACUAGAACGUUGUUUAUAGGCAACCUCGAGAAGACGACCAGUUAUCAGCAGCUUCUUGACAUCUUUCAGCGCUUCGGCGAAAUUGUGGACAUUGACAUCAAAAAAGUAAAUGGAGUUCCACAGUAUGCCUUUGUGCAGUAUUCUGAUAUUGCCAGUGUGUGCAAGGCCAUUAAGAAGAUGGACGGCGAGUAUCUUGGCAGUAAUAGACUAAAGCUUGGUUUCGGGAAAAGUAUGCCCACAACUUGCGUUUGGCUUGAUGGAUUGGCAGCCAAUAUAACAGAACAAUACCUUACGCGCCAUUUCUGUCGCUAUGGGCAUGUUGUUAAGGUUUUAUUCGACCGAAUGAAAGGGAUGGCCCUCAUUUUUUACAACAAUACCGAUUUUGCUCAGACAGCUGUGAGAGAAACCAAAGGCUGGAAGAUAGGAGGCAGUAAAAUUAAGGUGGACUUUGCAAGUCAAGAGAGUCAGGUGGCAUUUUACAGAUCUAUGCAGGCAUCUGGUCAAGACAUCAGAGACUUUUAUGAAAUUCCCCCUGAACGACGGGAGGAUCGAAGGCCCCCGUAUCAUGAAUUUACAGCAGAGAGGGCUUAUUUUGAAAAUUUACGCACACCAGCCCUAUAUACAGACGAUGCCCGAAGAGAGUAUGCUGCCCGCAGUAGGGAACGUUUCCCUGAAUUGGACCAUUUUCAGGGGGAUCAUUUUGACCCACGUUACCAUGAAGACCCACGGGAUUACAGGGACUACAGAGAUCCUUUUGAGCAAGACAUUCGAAAAUAUACAUAUAUUCAAAGAGAGCGAGAACGUUUUGAAGCUGACCGUAACAGAUGGAGCCCCUCUCAUCCACGGCGGCCUAUUACUCCUGCAGUAUCCCCAUCACCGUCGUCUGAACGUGCUCCCAGAGAAUCAGAGCGAAGGGUUUAUAGCCAGUCAUCUGAGAGAAGUGGUAGUGUAAGCUCACUCUCACCACCACACUUUGAAAAGUCUGAAAAGACUAACUUGCUAGAACAUCCCUCAAAGAGUGACAAGGGUGAAAAGAUUAGUCAACUUGAAAGAGCAGUGGGCACAGAGAAAACCAAACGGACAAAACGAAAAGAGAAAGGUGAGAAAGACAAAGCCGAAAAGGUCAAAUCAAGGAAAGCAAAGGGGCAAUCUCCAUCAAAUCCAUUACCAGAAACAGAGCUUGGUCCCGCCCUAGGCGAAGGCACUGGAAGAGGAAAGGGAUCUGAACCGGAUUCCCACGAGCGGCAGAAAUAUAAGGGAGAUAAUGACUCUCAGUUUUCAACUGCUCAUCAUGACUCAAUAAAAACUGAAAGAUCUGAAACAGCCAAAGUUGAUAAUCUUGAUAUAGAUGGAAAAAGUCGACUAAAGAAACAUAUCAAGUCGGAGCCUGGAAAUGACGGGAAAGAGCCAGUGGAUUCAGAUCGCCUAGCUGCAAGAAAAAGGCGCUUCGCUGAUUCAAGUGGAAGGGCUAUUCAUCAAAAGCGAAUUAAACUUGAAGAGGAGGAAUGUAUUCAAUCCCAAGACCUUAGUGCUGUUGCAGCAUAUGAUAAAGAAAUAGACUCUGAUAAACCUAAAGACGCCCAACACAGAGAUUCAAGAUUCAAAAUGGAUAAAAGUGGAGCUCCGCAAGAUGUUCAAGAGGACAUUAGAGGACCCAGAGAGAAAUCAGAGGGAUUGUUGGACCCUUUAGUGCUAAAGCGGUUUCCAGGUCCCACUUCAUCCCGAAGGAUUUCCCAUGACGGAAAUGCAGACCAAGGUGCUACGAGAGAACGCGAACACAGUGCAGUUUUCAAAUUCAGUAGCCAGGCUGCUGAAACCACUAAAAGUGCUAAAAUUAAAGAAGAGCCUGUUGAUAUUGAUCUGUCACAGAGUUACCGCAAACAAAUGGAGCAAAAUAGACGGUUGCACCAGCAGCAGCAUCGAGACUCUGACAAACCAGGUAAACCUGACAAACCAGGCAGUCCACAAGAAAUUGAAAGUGAGGAUUUGGAACACCGUAGUCUUGUACAUGAAGUUGGCAAACCACCUGAGGAUGUCACAGAUAACUUUCCAUCGCAUAAACUUAAGAAACUAGACCCGUUUGAAACAGAUUCAGGAAUUAAGAGAGAGCGUGUUUAUAGGAGCUUUAGACAAAAAAGUGAAGAUCCGGAAUGGAACAACAUUUCCUCUCCAGUACACCAGUUAUCUCACCACACAGAGGCUGGAUUUGGUCAUUCUCAGAAAGAUCCAGCCAGAAAUGAAAAACAUAAUCCAGAGUUGGACUUGCUUAUCAAAAGGACACAAAGUACUCACACAGACAAAUCCAACACUAAUUUACUUUGUACAGAAGAGGAGCAACAAAAGCGAUGGGACAACAGAGUGAAGCAAGAUUUUCUACCUGACCUAAACUUCUCAAGAAGUCUAAAUAAAAACGUCCACAAUCGCAAACGUUUGGAGUACGGCCUUUGGCACGAUAUAGAGCCAGGAGAGGUAAGAUCAGACUCUGAAGAGGAUCGAGAAGCCAAACCCCGUUCUCCCGUGGCAUCAACAUCAAAUUCUUUAACAGAGAGGCCAAGGGGUGAGAGAUUUUCAGACCCAAAAACGGCACAUCUGGAAAGAAAUAAAUUUUACUCCUUUGCGCUUGACCAUACUAUCACACCUGAUACUAAGGCUCUGCUUGAACGGGCAAAAUCCCUUUCAUCUUCCAGAGAAGAUAACUGGUCUUUCUUAGAUUAUGACUCUGACUUUGCAAGUUUUCGCAACCGGAAAGAUACUGAGAAGAUAGAAUCAACACCACGCCCGACACCAUCCUGGUACAUGAAAAAGAAAAAGAUCCGUAGUGGGUCUGAGGACAAACUUGAUGAUAGAAAAGAAGAGCCAAAACCAGAAGAACAAGAACGAAGAGAGCUAUUUGCGUCCCGCUUUUUUCACAGCCCGGUUUUUGAGUUGGACUCUAGACGUCUUCAGCAUCUGGAACGAAAAUACGAAGAAUCUGAGCCUGUUCAAAACCAACACAAUAGCCAACAAGCAACUGUAGGUGGUGAAAUUGACUCUGGUCCUGUGGUUCUUUUCCAAAGUCGGUUUUUGGAACUCAUGAGACUACAACAGCAAAAACAUAAAACACAGGUGACAAACAAACAAACAAAAGAAAAUUUUCCAGCAAUUGAAAUUAAAUUUGAAAAAGCACCUCCUAAAGAGCCACAAGCAUUGCAAUCACCUGAAGCAAAAGAAUCUAUCAUAGAACCAGAAAUUAAGCCCAUUAGUCCAGCCGAAGACGUAGUAACAGAAGUAACAUCCCCCAUCUCCCAGGCUGUGUUAAAUUACUUUCCUCCUACAGAACAGACAAGUCAGUUACCCACUGAGCUACUUCCCAUUCAACAUUAUAUUAAACAGGAAAAAGAAAUCAAACUUGAACCUGUGCAUUAUCCACCAAAAGAGACCCCUCAUUUAGAAGCAUCACCUGUUAUCCCUCAUUUGGAAGAGCCACCUGUCAAACAAGAAUCCAGUCAUUUAAAGGAUAGCUGUGAACUUUCUCCAUCUGAAAUUAAACUGGAGUACAUCAACCCUGAAGCUAAAGGAAAUAGCAAUGCUCAUGAGGUUGUCAGUAGUUCCGAACCAGAGCUUAAACCUGAAGCAAUAAAGCCAGAAGUGCCUGAAGCCACAACCUCAACACUACCCAGUCAAGAAGUAGACUUGGAUUCUGUCAACAAAGAGAUAUAUUAUACCGUUUCAGAGCCUGAGGAAGAAAAAACGCUUCCUGUUUGUAAAACACCUGCUGAUGAGGCAAACAGUGAGUCAGAUCCAUCUGCGCACAAAGAGUAUAAAACAAAAGAAAUUAAAAAUAAAAAGUGCAAACAAUCUCCGUCUGAAGUAACUUCAGCUGUUGUGGUGUGUGCAUCUGCUCCUGAAAAACAAGCAACACGUAAGAGUGAGCGCAUUGAUAAAGAAAAGCUGAAACGUGGAUCCUCGCCAAGAGCGGAAUCUAAGUCUACAAGCAAAUCUCCUGUACAUGCAUCAGAUGCCGAUGUCUCAGAGCAAAGCAUAUCAUCAGGCAGGGCAAGACGUCAGAAUGUGGUAUCUAAGUACGCAACCCAAGUUGAAGAAGAAGUACCGUGUCGCUCUGUAAAAGAUAUCCAAGAGUCUCUACGCUCUGCAAGGAAACGUGUCACAGACAAAGAGCAAACACAGCAACAGAAUAUUGAACAAGACUCUCCUGCUCCAGCUCCUGCAGCUAAACGGGGCCGACCUCCCAAGAAUCGAAAGCAGGGUGAAGAUUUGUCAAAAGUCAAAACAGAAAAAUUAAAAAUAGAAACCAAAGACAUAGAAUUAAAUGAAUCUGAGAGUUGUGAGAAGAUAUCUAAAAUAUUCAAGGGAAAAUCAUCCCCCAGUGCCACAAAAGGUCCAUCAAGUCAGCUGUCUACUGCGCAAGUAUGUUCAACAAAGAAAGGGGAAAAAUCAACGUUGACCGAGGGCAUUGAUCAGGAAACGGAUAGCACAGAAUAUCAUACUUUGGCUUUGCUAGACUCAGGUACAUUGAAAGGAGAGCCAUCUCUUAAAGUUGAUCAAAGGAAAGAGGAGAAAGACAAACAUAUUAAAGAAGCGGUAAAAGACAAAGAAAUGAAUGAAAACCUAUGUGAAGGUAAAUCAAAUGGAAAAGAGGAAGAUUCCCCUGUGUUUGAAGAAAAGAACACCUCAGAAAAAGAUAAGAUUGGUAAAGGGAAAGGGAGGUUACCCAGGACUCCCAAGUCUCCUGUUCUGAAAAACCUUAAAAUAAGGCUAAAUGUCAAAGAGGUGAAAGAUCAUGUUUCAAAGUGCACCAGCAGAGGAGGGAACAAUGAUGAAAAUGACAAUUCUUUGGAAAAAAAGGAACAGCUAGUAACAUCAAACAGUUUGAUUUCACAAGAAAUGGAGUUGGAGCAGGCGGUGGAGAACAUUGCCAAGCUCACAGAUCCAGCUUUUCCAACAGAACCUCCAACGCCAACUGGCCCACUCACAGAUUUAAAAGGUUUCUCAGAGGAAGAAAAACCUAAUUCGGCCAGUGAGACAGAACUCAUUGCUGCUAUUGACUCCAUCGCUGAUAUUGACUCAAUCACUCCCGAGGAUGCAGCUGUCACCUUAUCCCAAGCAACACCUAUAGGUGUUGCUGUAGGUUCAGAACCAGAGAUACAAGACUCUGUACAGCCAGCCAAGAAAGAAGAACCUGAAGUUAAUACUGUUACCAUCCAGGAGAAGCCUCUCUUACACGCCACACCUAAAAAGGGCAACAAAGGAAGACCGAAAACACCCAAACGUUCUAAAGGCCAAAAGCAAGUGCGGAAAGAUUCCAAAGAAAUUCCUCCAAUAUGUGAAGAGAUGCCAACUGUUACAGCUCAAAGUAUGUCUGUUGUAAAAAUUGUCCCUGAGGUUAUUCCAUCAUCAUCAGCUGCUGCUGUUAUUACCACCACUACAUGGAAGCCUGAACAAGACCUUAUAGAUUUCAAGUCAGCUGAUGCCAAAAUUGAGUCCAAAUCAUCAACUGAAGAGAAAGUUCAACAUCUCAAAUCUAUUCACCCCCAGUCUGAGAGUUCAGCAUGUGCAAAGCCUAAACAGAUGCCACCCGACUGCCAAGCCCCCACUCAGUCACCAUUAGCAAACAGACCAAAUAUAAGACCCAUUCAAAACAGUAAACCACCUGUUUCCCCACCAGAUUGGUUCCACCAAUCUAAAGAUGCGGGGGUUCUCCCUUCACCAGUUUUGCCUUCAGCACCCAAAGAACAUCAACCUUCAACUGACUCUGAAAACAUAGAUAUCGAUCGUGGCACAAGUGAUCUAAGGCAAAUCCUUUUGAAACAUAAAAAUAUUCCUCUGCCAGGAAGUAGCCUUCUCACAAAUCUGCCCAUGGUUCAAGAUCAAAACCUUUCUGAACGUACUGUUCCUGUAGCAGUAGUGCAUAUUAAGUCACCCUUACCCGAUGAAAGAAUGUCCCAGUCUGUUCGACCACCGGCUUUACUGCCAUCCCCUGAGGCCAAGUCUGUGAUCUCAGUCAUUGCUUCCACUGCAACCUCUGUCAUUAGUCGUGUAUGCAACACUCCUGAUCAUGAAGACAAAGUGAAUCUCAACAUUGUGAAUCAAGGUGCAGACAUCGGUCUAUCCAAACCCAAUUAUAGGACUGGCAAAGAUGAUAUUGGUUCAUACCAUGGGCCUAUUAUUAGUGAUGAAGGGGGAAGUACAACACGCUUUAUUGAGAGCACCACUCAUGGUACAGGAUCUUGCCCAGGGCUUCGGGUAAAUACGUCUGAAGGAGUAGUGGUACUGACCCACUCAGGACAAAAAACUGAGGGACCGCAACGAAUAAGUGCCAAAAUAAGUCAGAUUCCACAAGCAACACCAGGUGACAUGGAAUCUCAGCAGCUGGUGUCUAUGCCGCAAAUUAAACAGGACAUGUAUGGUCAUGCUCAGUCGGGGCUUCAGAAGUCGUCAAUGCAGACGGAUCACGGGCAUCCUGGUAAACCUCUUAAACAAGAGGGCACUAGUUUGGACAAAAUGGAAUCUACCUAUCACUCUGGACCUCAGGGAGUAGUGAAGCGUCUUACACAGGGGGUGGGUAAUCAAGUCAUCAGCCCAAUGUACCAUCAAGAGUACUUGUCUACAAAACAUCAGAAGAAAAUGGACUGUGGAGAGCCACACAGUACAGACAGCUCGAAGGCACCAUGGACCUCUGCCAUAAGUCCAGCAAUAAGCCCCCAUUUACCCUCUCCUCCUGGAAACCAUGUAGGCUUUGUUACCACUGCUGGUGACAGACCUUCGCAUCUUAGUGGGAUUAAACAGGAACCACGGUCCCCGCGCAAGUCAGGUCAUCCACACUCUCCAUUUACCAAGGUGUCCUCACCUAUUGGCUCGUCAUCGCCUAAGGGCAUUUCAGUAAUGUUACCCACUGGCCAUCCCGCCAUGCAACAGUUUAUCACGGGUGUGCACCAUUCAGAGCAAUCUGUCAUCAUGCCACCUCACAGUGUGCCUGGAGGCUUAGGCCGUAUGUCUCCUCACCGUGCUACACAGUCCAUACCAGUGGGACAUCUUGUCCAGGGAGAUGUAAGAGUCAAUACUCCGCCACUCUCUGUGGUGAGCUAUGGGAUGCAUAGUGAUUCUCUCGCAUCUCCCUGGUCGGGUUCCAUGCAGCAACGCCCACCAUCACCCCAAACUGUUGGCAGAGAGAAGGUCCUCAAGGUGAACCCGGGUUCUUUGAGGCCUCACGAUGUAGAUCAGGAAGAAUCAAGACGCUUCCAUCAGCAGGGACGACAAGCUGCCACACAGUUAAAACCAGAGACCAUGCAGUCAGAUGCUCGAGGAGGUUUUCGGAGCAAUGUGUCAAUGGAAGCAUAUAUAGCACAGAGGGAGAUGUGCGUACUCUUGCACCAACAAGGGUCCACAGACCCUCAUUCAGCACACCUUCAGGAGACUCAUCCCCCCACCUCUGCGCCUUCCAGCUUGCCCAUGUCUUUGUCUCCAAGGCCACAUGUCUUACCCAAAGUUGUGUCUGAGAAGGAUCUAGCAAAGCCAUUGGAGGCAAAAAGGCCCCACUCCCCUCUUUCUAAAGAUGGAUUAAUGACCAUCCGGCACCCUGGACCUGCAAUGGCAUCUCCUCAGAGAGCUCCUCUCAUGCCACCAGGACCAAGUGGCACCUUCCCAGAUUAUUCUGGGAUGUACUCAAGAAGCAUCCAUUCUCAGUUGCCAGAAACAACGCAUGUCGGUCAUGGUCAACCCCCGCUGAAUGUCACUCCAACCAUGGGUGCUGAACUCCAGGCCAAACCAGACGGCAAGAUUGCACAGCCUGUCAACAUGGUGCAGUUGCUCACGAAAUACCCCAUUGUGUGGCAAGGUCUGCUCGCACUGAAAAAUGACACCGCAGCAGUCCAGUUGCACUUUGUGUGUGGCAACAAAUCCUUGGCUCAUCGGUCACUGCCUCACCAGGAAGGCGGCGGCUUGCUCAGAAUAGUCCAAAGAAUGAGGCUGGAGGCUUCUCAACUGGAGAGUGUUGCCAGAAGAAUGACGGGGGAGUGUGACUUUUGCCUUCUGCUCGCACUGCCUUGUGGGCGGGAUCAAGAGGAUGUUCUGAGCCAGACUCAAGCUCUUAAGUCCGCCUUCAUCAACUACCUGCAGGCAAAGUUGGCUGCUGGUAUUAUUAAUGUCCCCAAUCCAGGUUCCAAUCAGCCGGCGUACGUGCUCCAGAUCUUCCCCCCGUGUGAAUUUUCCGAGAGCCACUUAUCUCAGCUGGCCCCCGACCUUCUCAACAGGAUCUCCAGUAUUUCUCCUCACCUCAUGAUCGUCAUCACGUCUGUGUAAACCACUGCCAGGGGACACACCUUCUCACACCAGCCUCAGGAAACCAGAGGAAUAUCACUUUUUCUUCUUCUUUGCCUCCCUUUUGUCACUCCUGUCUGGUGUUUUGGUCCUUUCUCUAAAGAACUCUGGGAUGGACCACACCAGAAUCUUUUUUCUUUUUUUUUUACCAUUCCUGCUGUAUUUCUAUUUAUUGGAAGAAAAGGACAUCAGGCUUGCUGAUAAACAAGUCUGAGUGACUGACUGAAUGGUCUUACUGAUUGUUUUCACAAGAGGAUGGUAGGAAGAAGACCAUUUUAAAAUGUAAAUAAACCAGAGACCCUGCAGAGGACCACACCUUUUUAAUUCCACCAGUUUAGUUCAUCCCCUCACAUCUGGAACUCACUCAGUCAUCCAUCAUGCUUCACUUUGCUUUGGAACACAGGACUUUGUAAAUAUUUUAAAUAGUGACACUCACCAGAGACUUGAGCUCUGAGAUUCUGCCAGAACAAAGUGUGGAAACAGACAGCUGUUCUUCAGUUUUUUUUGUUUUGUUUCUGGGUGUAAAUACUUGUAACACAAGAAGGUUAGCAAACCCCUCUGGGGAGUCUGCUGAUGGCACUUCAUAUUUUGUAACUCAAAUUAAAAAAAAUCUCCAGCAAACUUGA